GAAGAAGAAGUCACUGUUGCAGGAGAGAGCGACGAAGAAGAAGAAUGAGGCGAAUGCUAAACGGAACAUAAGAGAGGACGGAGUGCUGUUUUGUUUUAGUGAACGUUACAUUAAAGCUGUUACCUCAAGUGUUGAACAUUGAACAUAGCUGCGGUAUAUUCGCUGAACUAUGACGGAGCCUCAGUCAGCGCUGUUACUCAGGAGACAGCUUGCAGAGCUGAACAAAAACCCAGUGGAGGGAUUCUCAGCAGGCUUGAUUGAGGACAACGAUCUCUACAGAUGGGAAGUUCUGAUUAUUGGGCCUCCAGACACAUUGUAUGAAGGUGGUGUGUUUAAAGCUCAUCUGACAUUUCCCAAAGACUACCCUCUCAGGCCACCGAAGAUGAAGUUUAUUACAGACAUUUGGCACCCUAAUGUCGACAAGAAUGGAGAUGUUUGUAUUUCUAUUCUACACGAGCCCGGGGAGGACAAGUACGGCUACGAGAAGCCCGAGGAGCGCUGGCUGCCGAUCCACACAGUGGAAACCAUCAUGAUUAGUGUUAUCUCUAUGCUCGCAGACCCAAACGGGGACUCGCCAGCCAAUGUGGACGCAGCGAAAGAGUGGAGGGAGGACAGACACGGAGCGUUCAAGAGGAAAGUGGCCAGAUGUGUACGAAAAAGCCAAGAGACUGCGUUUGAGUGAUAUUUAGCAACGAUCUAGCUUCAAGUUUUCAGGGUCUCCAAUUGAAAAUCAACAUGGCACUGUUUCCUGCACUCUUCCACCCCGUCGUCCGGGUUCGCCCUUCUUCAUCCUGGCAGGAACAGACUGGCUUCUGUAGGCUGCAAUAGAACAUAACAGUGACUACCAAGGCUGACAGAAAACCGCCAAGCAAGUGCCAACUCCAAGAAAACACGAGAAAACAUCCCAGAAGACGACGAACCCCAUCUCUCAAGUCUAUGAACUGCUUCAACAUUCAGGAAGAUAUUGUAAAGACGUGUAAAUAGAACAGACUAAACCGGAUAAUAUAUAAACUCCCUCUCCAUCCAUCAGGACUCUUAGACCAAAUGAAUAGCGCUGGUUCCACAUAGAUAUAUUUUUGUUCUUUUUCCCCCUCUCUCCGCUCCAGCAUGCAUUAGCUCUCUUUAGGUUGUUUUAACAGGAGGUCUUCAUAGAAAGGGGAUGUUGUCAGAGGGACGUCAGCAGUGAAGAACUUGAUUGAUUCGAGCCAGACGUGACCUGACUGAUGAAGGUUUUUUUUCUUUUGAGGAAUACCGCCAUGUUGGAAAACACAGCUGUUCUUUUCUUUUCGGGUUCUCUAACACUCUUUGAACAUAACAUUUUGUUUUCUGUCUUUAAGUCUUAGCAUCCCGCUAAGAGUCGACUUAAAAACAGGAAACCUUCCCGAUUGUUCGUGCUUUUUUUUUCAAAAGUGCCUCCUAAAUAGAUGCUAGGCCGCUUCACCGGGCAUUGAACAAUUCUUAAAACCUAUUAAAAAGGAUGGAGGACUUGUGUGCCACCUAUGUGUGAAUUAAUUUAAUAGGGAGUGCACAGGCAGUCUGUAUGAUUAGGGUUUUGGUAAUAAUUUGGUGUAGCAAUAACUCCUAGUGUAAAGUGUACACGUUAAUUUUGGAUAUCCUGAUCCGGUUUGAGGUCCUCAUCUCUGGUUUUCUUUUAGCAGCCUCCGUCUCUCCUCUGUGUUGUCCUCAGUAGAAAAUGUUAUGCAUGCUUUAUUGUCCUAUUUUAAUUUUUUUGGUUUGUUUUUGUUUUUGCAGAAAUUUCUGGGAGUUUGUUUGCAAAUGUCCGAGUGUUUGUGUAAACAGUAUGUGUGCGCAUUUUGUUUCGUCACCCCCACUCCCCCCUCACACCUCACACAAUCUCAUGAUUCCUCUGCUCACUGAACUGUUGCAGUUUUGCCUAAUGUACAAAGACAAAAUACUGAUGUAUAUUUUUCAUGUUAUGAAUCCUGUCACCUGUAGUGAGUUCUUCUAAAAUAUGACUUUUUUCAAUAUUUA